AUGAUUGCUGCCCUGUGCCCGCGUAGGCCAAUGGCUGAGUGCAUCCAGGUAGAGAGACACGACAUCCCUGAUCCUUGUCCAUAUCUUCAAGGUGAAGGCCUGCCACUUUUGCUCUCCUCGGCAACCUCAGCAGACGUACCGGCGCUGCAGCCCGGCUAUAGUGAGAAUUUUGCAGCACCAGGCUCAUUGCUUAAGAACUGUACCAUUUCAACUGGUGCAGUGAAACACAUUCAGCAGUGGCAGCGACAACUGGAUAGCCACUUAGGCCCGCAGCCUACCGGUCCUCCAGCGGGCCUCCCACACUGCAGCUCCACCACAUCUUUGCAGGUGGAUGUAUUGCAGUGGCUUACAUCCCUGCAUAUAGUUCCUCUAUGCCCCGACGCUCUGCCAGCUGCACGUCGGGUGUACACACACCUGGCGUCACUGGGAGGACCGCACGAUAAUUCCGUUCCUGCAUACCCGACCUGCACUGCGAUCCCUGUUGCAUCUGUGCUGGAGGCUGCCGGGCGCGAGGCGUCGCCAGUCUCAGGAAGCGCCAAUUCCCUCUUGGCAGUCAGUCUUUUGCCCCCUCCCCUAGGGGAGACGACUUCCUGCGCUUCAGAUGUUGAGGCCUUGAGGGCCCUUCCCAGGCAUGCAGAUGAGCAUGCAGUGGAAACAGAUGGCCCUGAGGGUUUUGGCACGUUACAACUAUUUGUGACAGCUCCUCUUAGCAAGGAAGAAGUUCCCCGUCUGCACAUAGGCGCUGGAUCUUCUCUGCUGUUGGUGGUACCCAGAAGAAGCAGCGGCAGCUACAGCAGUACUGGUAGCAGCAGCAAGCCAAGCGACAAUGCAUUGCAACAGGCAGCUGCUGGGGCAGCAGUUCAGGCGCUAGGGCGAUGGGUGUUGUCUCCUCUAAGGGACGACGCAUCGUUCUCCGCCGAUUUGCGCCUUCGUUUGUGGCUGCUAGGAGAUGCAGACAGAGAAGCAAACACUGAGGGGGACAUAGAUUUCGGCGUCCAGGCCAAGGAUGCGCUCAGGGACACAGAAGAAACAGGCGCUUGGAAGCGCCCUAGUACGGCUUUACGGCCCUCAGCCCCCUCGAUGCUUACUUGGGACGGCGGGGCCUUCUUGCGAAUGCACUUGCGGGGCAUUCUGCAAGCUAUUAGUAGCCUCGUUGAUUUACAGAUUACUUCUCAGAUAGUGCCUGACAGCGGACUGGAAGACAUUGAGUGGGAUCUCCUGCGGCGAGGGUGGGGGCUAGGCGGGCGAGUGGAGGAGGCAUUUCAAGAGGAAACCGCUCGGCGGUUACUGAAUUUGCAGGAGCACUGGGGAUCGGAUCCCGAGUAUAGCCCAUCUGCCUCCGUUGUGAACCUCAGUCUCUACAGGCCGUCGUCGCGAAUUGAUGCCUGGCCUCUGGGCUCUGCCUUAGCGCUCCCCUCUUGGGGCUUUCUCACCUUUGGUGCGCCCUUGCCAGAGUUGGUAGCUGAUCCCCAGCUGGUAUCCAGCAUCAGCUCUAAACGUCUGCAGGAGGCAGCGGCUGUCAGCGGCGCCUGGACAGCGCAGAUUCGCUCUAUUUUGGGUUUGUCACCAACUUCUGAAUUACAGAGAGACGCUUCCGCAGACCAUUACUGCCCCCGCCUGCCUAAUAGCACAAUCUGUGGGGAGGAGUGCCGUGCGGAAAGGUGUGCGUGGAGAGUCGAGACAGCGGAGUUCAAAGAUACCAGUUACACGGCGGAGAUUACCCAGCUGGGGGACACGUCAGGCCUUCUCUCAACUGAUGCUGCCUUUGCAUUGACGCCGAGCAGAGCGGUGCUGGUGGAUAGCAGGCGACCCUCUCUCCAACAGGUUUGGGUGUACGUAUACCCGAGCAGCGAGGGUUUGACGACGUGGGAGCUUGAUGGAUUGGCGGCUGAGGCUCACUUCAAGAACGUCACUGAAGCAGCAAAAAAUAUUCGGACGCUGCAAGCAGUGCUGCUUUCAGGGACCGAUAUUCGCGUCGCGAAGCGUUUGGAGCAAGCCGUGCACGGUGUGCUGAAUCAGAUACUCUGCAGUGUACAGGCCUUGCGCAUGCAGCAGUGUCCCACGCUGCCAGCGGUGGCGAAGGAGUUCCUUGUACGUUCUGAGGCGGAUGUUUGCCCCGUUGUUGGCACUAGUGGAGCCCACUUGUCAGCUUUUUACAGUUCCUCAACUGAGUUGGUGGGCAGGUGCGGCGGUUUUUCAAAGGCUGGGAAGUACAGACAGCUGGCGUUGCUUUUGGCGCGGGCGGCGAUGAAAGAUUCAAAGGCGGUGGGCUGA